ACUUGUCAAGAUGUCUGGGUGAGGGGGGCCAGAACAGAGUAGAAGCCAGACGGCAAAACAGAAACAACAGAAAUUUGAGCAGCUGACUGGAUUAGACAUGAGAGGAGACCUGACCUACCACUUCACAAGUGCCUGCGGGACACACCCAAAUCGAAUCACCUCUUUGCAGCUGGAUUGCCCUAAACCGAGGGCCAAAGAGCACAGAGGAUAACAGAUGAAUCGAGAGGACAAACAGCAAGAAAACAAUAAGUGGAAUGUCAAGUGGCAUAAACAAACUUGGCUCAAGUGCAGAUUUUGGCUUUUCCCUUAAGAUCAGAAUCAUCACAGCUGAGAGAUUUCAAAGAAAACCUUCUGAUAAACAAGUGAGCUUUUGGUCUUUUAGAUAUUUUUAAAAAAAAUGCUCUGGUUUUCCUUAGAGGACACUUUGAGGGACACUUAGGAAGGAGGCACCCACGAACAAAGCUAUUUAAUAUAAACAACACAAGCCUGAGCACAUACACAAACCUAAUUAGAACGUGCUGUGUCUAAGGGCAACUUUCUAAACACAGACCUCCAUCAGUAGAAGACAAGCGCAUGAAAGUACCAGCGAUAUCUGACCUGACAGUUGUUGGAUUGGUGGAUGUUUUUUUGAACACCGAGAGUAAAAAGUCACAUCUUAAACUUUCAAACUGGAGUCACAUUAUGUAAACGCACAUUUAACUCAAAUUAGCACCAUUUAUUAGUUAUUUUGGUGUCUCCAGCAGCUUGCUAUUCACGUUUACGGUCUUAUUAACUUCACAACUCUCAAAGGAUUUAUUAAAACUUUACAACUGCUGCACAAACUCAAUUAAAAAGGAGUUACAGCUCCAUAUCCCAAAGCCAUGGAUGGGAAAACAGACAGCAUUCAGGAUUUUUUCAACCAACUCUGGAACUUUGCUACAGAAAAACACAACCAGGGAGUCUACAACACAGUCUGUCUGGUGGUCCUCCUAGCUCUUCCCCUGCUGGUCCUCCUCACUGCUUUGGUGGUGUGCUGCCACUGCUGCUGCUGUCGCCAUGCCAACAGCUGCUGUUGCUGCUGCUGUGGAGACUCCAUGGCAACUGCAAGGUCGGAGACGAAGAAGAAAAAGAAUUCAGCCAAUACUGAAGACUUGUGGAUCUCUGUCAAGACGGGGCCAAUGACACCUGACAGGGUCGCCCUGGCUAUGGUAUAGGAAUGCUCUUUUAUUUUCAGAUUGCUGAUCCUGCGCCAGUUGGUGCCGUGGAGCUGAUUGAGCAAUCGACCAAAACUCAAACUUAGACUCGAAGGAGGCUGAGGACAAUCUUUAAUGUUGACUUCCCAUUGUAAUGGGCGCAGAUAUGGUUGAAAUGUAUACACUGUACAGAUUCUUGUCGGUUUGUAUUCUUAUGAUGUUGUAUGUGGAGAUUUGAUUACAUUGUUUACAGAUUUUGGUAUGAGCUUUUUGGUGUGUUGUACAUAAAGCAAGAAAUACGCAGUCAGGAGCGUAUAUAUACCUGCAAAUGUGUGUGUAAAUGGUUUAGAGAGAGAGAGAAUGUGUGUGCGUGUGUGUAUGUGUGUGUGCGAAACAGAGAGAAGUACGGUGUUAUUGAGAGCACUUUGUUCUUAGAGCUCCCAUGUGAAAUUCAUUGCAUCUGUAUUUGGGAGAGAGAGAGCCAAUUUAAGGUCUGCCCUUCACUCCCAUGGCUGUAAUACUGCCUACUGUUCACGUUCCGGCUGCAAUUUAGAGUGGUGAUUCACUCUUACUUUCUAAAGGAAAAUGCACUGAUGUCCAAAUGGUUAAACACACAGAAUGCACAAAGAAAACUAUAACUUCUUUCAUUCUGAUUUCUUUCCAGCUCAUGCUUUAUCUGCUCUAUAUUAUACAACUUAGUCCACAAGAGAGGGCCUUCUCCUACUUUUUGGUUUUUGAGAGUUUUCCAGUAUUCAGGUCAAGUCAGACUUAAAGCCACAGUUCAUAAUCAAAAGGUAAGGGAAACCCCCAAAAAGCGAAGAAUAAAAGUAGAAUCUGUGGUCCUUUCCAAAUUGGUUAACAGAUCUUCCAAAUAACUGAUUCACACCAGAAAACAGCUAAGUCAACAUCAGAACCAGUAAUGUUUUCUGGGCCUGUGUUUAUUGAAACUUUGUAUUUAAGUGAUAUGUAAAAGUAAAAGUUCUUCCCUUUUAACCUUACUAAGAAACAUAGGAAUAAAGGCUAUUUCUAACAACUUAAAAAUGCUUUCAGAGGUCUCUGAAGUUGGUUAAAAUUAGAUGAAACAGAGGGGAGCACACACCUUUUGAGACAUGUUUUUGAGGAAUUUUAAAAAAUCAUUAGUCUUCAUGAACACAUUAGCUGACACAAUAUGUAUAAUUAUAGCAAUAUAUAUAUAUAUAUAUAUAUAUAUAUAUAUAUAACAAUAGGAAAGUUUUAGCCUAUUGCUUGCAUUUGACACCUGUUUCUUUAUGUUUUUUGCUUUUAUCAAACCACAACACCACAACACAAAUGAAACUGACAUUAAUUAUGUCUGUCCCUUGAUCUUCAUUGUGUUCAUUUGUCAAUGGGCUACUAAAUUCUGCGUAUGAUUUUCUCUGAUGUACUUCCUGCUCCAGUUUUUUUU